AUGAAGCACAGAGGAAAUGAAGAAUCUACCCGAUUGAGGAGCACUAAGAGCAGGUAUGUAGUGACAAGUUUGUUAGUUUGCCUGUUCAUACGAAUUUUAGCCUUUUCCUUAUUCAAUGUGAUACAAGGGAGUAAUUACAAAUACAUUAACAUGCUAAUCAAUAUUGAAAACAUGCAAAAUGAAGAGAUGAAACAAAAGGACAAUUAUAUAAGGAAGGGUCAUUAUACCCCUUUGGAAGAGAAAUCUAACGAGUUGGAAAAAUAUUUUGAAAAAAAUAAAAGAAAUAAUGAGUUAAGACAGUUCAUAUUUAAAAAUGACUCAAUGCAUUAUUCUUUUAAUUCCGAUGUAUAUAAUUUUAAAUAUAUUUAUGAUAGUUAUAUACUGAGUAAAAUUUAUAAAGACAUAUAUUCCUCCUUAACAGUAAGGAUUAAUCCGUUAUUCCUAUAUAUUUUGCAUAUCCUUAUUUUUAAAAAAAUAGCAGUAAAAAAUAAUAAAUUAAUAGAAAACAUAAUGAAUAACUACGAAUUUCGCUAUUAUAUUAUUAUUUGUAUAGUUGAUUUAUUAAUAGGGUUCUUUUUAUUUAUUAUAAUUGAAAAGUUAAAGAAAUGGAGGAAAUAUUUUAAUUAUGUAAAUACGUGUAAAAGAGACAAAUGGAGAUUAAUAAACUCAAUACUUUUAAUGAAUAUUUAUUUGAAUAAUCCUUUUACAAUACUAGCAAAUGUUUUUCUCUCACUUGACAAUUUUAAAUUAUUACUAAUAACAACAUCAUUCUAUUUAACACUAUUACGUAUAAGCAAUUUUUCAAAUAAAUUAUGGUCUGUUCUUAACCAUUUUAUGAUCAUGUUCUGUAAUAGCAUACUUUUAUAUAUCUCUUCAUUUCACUUUAUACUUUCCAUUAUUGGUAUAAACAAUUUAAUUAUUUGUAUUGACCAGGGUGUAACAAAAUAUGAUAUAAAGGAAAAUAUAAAAUUUUUCAAGUUAUUUCUUAUCAUUUUGAAGAACGUACUUUUGUUGCUUAUCACUUUUACCAUGUACACUCUACUGAUUGUUACCUCAUAUUACCUCAACUCAAGUUCACUGUCGUUCCUAGACAACACGUUGAUUAACGAAUACAAGGUACUGUUCCUCCAGCCGAACCUGGGCAAUUUCUGGUAUAUCUUUUCAACGAUGUUUAAGGACUACUAUUACUCCUUUUUGUUCCUCUUUCACUUUCAUAUCUUUCUUUAUCCCCUUCCCCUUUUUUUUCGUCUCAUGAAAACACCUCUAAUCUACUUAAAAAUUAUGAUUGCCAUUGCGUUGAUGUAUCACCCCAAUAUUACUAUUAACGAUAUAGUGUACUCUUUGCUGUUGCUGGCAAUUGAUUAUGAGAAGACCUUAUAUACCAUUCCGUUUGCCAAACUACUGAUAAUACUUCUCGGAAACUUGAAUUUAUUCUUUGUUACAAUGAAUUUGUGGUUACGCAAGAAUACAGGAAAUGCCAACUAUGUAUUUUUUAACCAAUUAGUCGUUUUUAAUAUAACAACUUUUAUCAUAACAAGUAGCAUAAAAUUCUACAUUCGUGUGCAAACUCCUAUCCCUCAAUUGGACGAAGGAAAAUGUAUAAUAGUAUCCCAAAAACAAGAGAAAAAAUGUAGCAUUUUAAACACGUUAAAAGAAACAUUUUUGUAA